AUGGCUUCGAACUCACCCUCAACGGUGGCUCCAUCGCCGACGCCUCAAAGCCCCGAACAUCAAGUUGCCCGGGUGCUUCUGUUCGGCGACUUGUCCUCUACCGGAUUCGAGGACGAGCUGCGACGGCUGUUGCAUUUCAAGGAAAACCCUUUGCUCGAUUCGUUCUUCCAAAAAGUCGGCUCUGCUCUCCGGACACUUAUCGGCAGCCUGCCGUCUCAGCAGCAGGAUCUCUUUCCCCGCUUCACGACCCUGGUUGAUCUCGUGUCUCGACUCGGCGAGACUAGCGGAACGUCAAUCUUGAGAUUUUUCGCACUGAGCGUUCAUGAGGUCGCGCAAUUUAUCGCAUAUUAUGGAUGCGAUGGAAGGCAAUAUCCCUCACCUGAAGAUACUUAUGUCAUUGGGCCUUGCACUGGUGGAUUUGCGGCUGCAGCUAUCAGCAGCGCGAGGACGCUCCCGGAAUUGAUUCCAAUUGCUGUCGGGGCUGUUUUGGCUGCCUUCAGAACAGCGCUACGUUCAUGGACAGUUGCCUCUGAGAUAUCGCCGUCUCACAAAUUGCUUCUUACUCAAUCAUGGUCAGCGACCGUGAGUCCAAAGGGGAGUGAUGAUCCAGGGCUGGUAGAAAAGCUCUUAAAUGAGACGAGGGCAUCUGAGGUGCACUCACGACUGUAUAUCAGCGCCACGACACCCAGCCAUUUGACAACCCUCAGUGGUCCGCCGUCGGUCUUGCACAGCUUCGUGACGAAGACGUCCGAUAGACUGCGCUCAAGGUUCCUGGAUAUCCAGUCCCCUUUCCAUGCAUCCCAUACAUUUGAUGACUCGGAUGUGGAAGACAUUGUUGGUCAGAUAUCCAGCGAUAUUGCCGAAUUGUCAGGCGCCGUGAUCCCACUUAUUUCCUCGUCGAGAGGCGAGAUCGUUGCCACGUCGAGCUUUAGAGAGACCCUCCGAGCUGUUGUGCGUGAGACGCUUAGAGAACCCGUUCGAUGGGAAGAAGUAGCAUCCACGUGUCGCUCGCUCUUGGUUGAGGGCAAGGCCGAGAAGUGCUCCAUCCUCCCAUUUUCCAGCUAUGCCGCCUCUAUGCUCAGCACCGCCCUCACAGCCAACACCAGCAUCGAAGUCAACAUCGAGCCCGUGACGUCGCUUGAGCCUAAGCCAGCAGGCAACACGGGAAAGUUUGAGCACUCAAAGAUUGCCAUCAUCGGAUACUCAGGUCGCUUUCCAGAUGCAGCGUCCAACGAAGCAUUCUGGGAACUGCUUCGGGCGGGCCGCGACGUGCACCGCGAGAUUCCUGCGGAUCGCUUCGACUGGAAGACGCACUAUGAUCCGACGGGCAAGCGCAAGAACACCAGCCGCGUUAAGUACGGGUGCUUCAUUGAGGAGCCGGGCGUGUUUGAUGCGCGUUUCUUCAACAUGUCGCCGCGAGAGGCCGAGAACACGGACCCGGCGCAGAGACUAGCCAUCACCACCACAUACGAGGCUCUUGAGAUGGCAGGACUGGUUCGUAACCGCACGCCCAGCACCCAACAGGACAGGAUCGGCGUCUUUUUCGGUACCACGAGCGACGACUGGCGGGAGGUCAACAGUGGGCAGAAUGUCGACACUUAUUUCAUCCCGGGCGGCAAUCGCGCCUUUGUGCCAGGUCGCAUUAGCUACUUCUUCCGAUUCUCUGGGCCCAGCCUGAGUAUCGACACGGCCUGCUCGUCGAGCUUCGCUGCCAUCCAAAUGGCCUGCAGCUACCUCUGGAGGGGAGAGUGCGACACUGCUGUCGCUGGCGGCACCAACGUCCUCACCAACCCCGACAACUUUGCCGGCCUGGAUCGUGGCCACUUCCUGUCGACAACUGGAAAUUGCAACGCCUUUGACGAUGGCGCUAGUGGCUACUGCCGUGCCGAUGCUGUUGGGUCCGUCAUUCUCAAGCGCCUUGAAGAUGCCCAGGCCGACAAUGAUCCCAUCUUUGGCGUCAUCGCCGGCACCAACACCAACCACUGCGGCCAGACGGACAGCAUCACGCGGCCGCACGAGGGCGACCAGUCUAGCGUAUUCAAACGCAUCAUGCGGUACGCAAACGUCGACCCGCUCGACAUCAGCUACGUCGAGAUGCAUGGCACGGGCACACAGGCCGGCGAUGCCACCGAGAUGAACUCGGUCCUGUCCGUCUUCGUCCCCGAGAAGAAACGCACAGCUGCCGCCUCUCCUCGUCCCUUAUUUAUCGGCUCAGCAAAGGCCAACAUCGGGCACGCUGAAUCGUCGUCCGGCGUGACGUCUCUCAUAAAGGUGCUCAUGAUGAUGAAGCACAGCGAGAUCCCUCCGCACUGCGGCAUCAAGACACGCAUCAACCAUAACUACCCACUGGACUUGGCCGAGCGCGGCGUAAAUAUUGCCUUCGAGCCCACCCGAUGGUCUCGAGAUGGGUCGGUUCGUGGCAAGCGUUCUGUCUUCUUGAACAACUUCAGCGCCGCCGGUGGAAAUACGGCUGUGCUGUUGGAGGACGCGCCGUUGCCCUCUGAGGCUGUUGGUCUCACACCAGACCUCCGGCCUAUGCACAUAGUCUCAAUUACGGCAAAGACACCAAACUCCCUUAGCGGUAAUUUGAAGACGCUACUGUCGUGGCUCAAGCAAAAUCAGCACAUUUCCCUGUCGGCUCUCUCGUACACCACAACGGCCCGCAGGAUGCAUCACAACUACCGCGCUCUGCUUUCGGGCGCGGACAUACCAUCCAUUGUGUCAAGUAUUGAAGCACGUCUGUCUCAGAAUCAGGCAUCAAUUAAGCCUGUGCCGUCAGCGGCUAAGAUUCCUAACCUGGUAUUCGUUUUCACCGGGCAAGGCACUCUUUACGCGGGUAUCGGAAAAUCUCUCUACGCCACCAGCCCCUCUUUCCGCGCAAACAUCGAGCGGUUCCAGCGCAUUGCCCAGGGCCAGGGCUUUUCCUCGUUUCUUGGUCUGAUUGACGGCAGCCAUCCAUUGAACGGCGCAAAUGACGCCGGCGCCGUCGUUUCCCAGCUCGCGCUCACCUCCUUACAGAUGGCUUUGGCUGACCUGUUCCGGAGCUGGGGUGUGACGCCUUCUGGAGUUAUCGGCCAUAGCCUCGGCGAGUAUGCAGCGCUCUAUGCCGCUGGGGUCAUCACUUCUGCUGAUGCAAUCUAUCUCGUUGGGACUCGGGCGGCGUUGCUCGAGAAGCACUGCUUGCCAAGAACCCAUGCCAUGCUUGCGGUCAAGGCUCCGGCCGAUGUCGUUAAAAGGCUUCUUGUUGAGGGCGGGUCCAAGUGCGAGCUGGCGUGUGCCAAUCAACCCACAGGUCAAGUCGUCAGCGGUCGAGCUGAGGACAUUGCCGAAGCAGAGAGGAGAGCCACCCAGCAGGGACUUGAGACGAUCAAGCUGGAUCUCCCCUAUGCAUUCCACUCCGCACAGGUCGAACCCAUUCUCGCCGAAUUUGAGGUUCUGGCCGCACAAAAUGUCGUGUACGGCGUUCCCGCGGUUCCAAUCCUUUCCCCUUUGCUUUCGAGGGUGGUCCCGGCGGGAGAGACUGGAUCCGUUGAUGCUUCGUAUCUCGUCAGAGCUUGUCGCCAGGAGGUCAACUUUGCUGGCGCCCUUGAGGCUGCUCGCAAGGAUAGCUUGGUCAACGACCGCACCGUUUGGCUCGAGCUUGGAGCCCACCCCAUUUGCGGUGGCAUGAUUAAGGGGACACUUGGAUCGGACUCGACCACUCUGACAUCUCUGCGAAAGAACACAGAGCCUUACCAGACAUUAACUGCUUCGAUCGCAUCUCUCUAUUCAGCUGGCUUUGAUCUCGACUGGAACGAGUAUCAUCGUGACUUCCCAUCAGCACAUCAAGUGGUGGAUCUUCCACGCUAUGCUUGGGACCUGAAAAAUUACUGGAUCCAAUACCGGAACGACUUUUGUCUUGCAAAAGGCGAAGGUUUGGUGCCAGCCUCGGCGGUUCCAAAUCUUCCGCUGCCCCUUGAGGCGCCAGCCAUACCACAGUACAAGUUUCUGUCGCCGUCUGUGCAGAGGGUGCUCGAGGAAUCUCAUGGGGCGGACGCAUCAACGCUGCUCGUCGAGUCCGACAUUUUCCACGAGAAGCUCUUGCCAGUUCUACAAGGGCACGUCGUUAACGGAGCUCAGCUCUGCCCUUCGUCGUUAUAUGCUGACGUGGCUUUGACCAUCGCAAGUUACAUGUUGCAAGGACCUGGAUUGUCAUUAUCCACCACAGGUCUCGACGUGACAGACGUCAAAGUCGACUCGCCCCUCAUAGCUCAGCCGACGGAGACCACACAUCUCUUCCGAGUGUCCGCAAAGGCAGACUGGCGUAGAAAGUCCAUAACCAUGUCACUCUUCAGUGUCAAUGCGGCCGGGAAGCGGACAACGUCGCACGUCGUUCUCGAAGUGCGUGUGUUCCCAGAGCAACAGUGGGUCAAGGAAUGGAAACGCAACACUCAUUUGAUAUCUUCGAGGAUCGAGGCUUUGAACCAGGGCAUCAACAGUGGCAACAGCCACAAGCUGAAACGCGGCAUGGUCUACAAGCUCUUCGGUGCCCUGGUUGACUACAGCAAAGAGUACCAGGGCAUGAGCGAAGUGGUUCUCGACAGCGAAAAGCUGGAGGCGGUAUCUACCGUCCACUUCCAGAUUGGCGAGGACGGGUUUGAUGUCAACCCUCGCUGGAUUGACAGCCUGGGUGGCAUUGCCGGUUUCAUUAUGAACGGCAACGAUGCUGUCGAGAGCAAGAAGCAGGUCUUUAUCAACCACGGUUGGGAGAGACUGAGAAUUGCCGAGAAGCUGGAUGCAGCCAAGACUUACACGGCAUACAAUCGAAUGCAGCUGGUCGAGAAGACGCUCUAUGCCGGUGAUACCUACGUGUUGCACGAGGGGACCAUCGUGGCAAUUUUCGAGGGAGUCAAGUUCCAAGGAGUCCCCCGUCACGUUCUUGAUCGCGUGCUUCCUCCUGUCGGAGCUGCCAGCCCACCAGUUUCUGCUCGUCCGUCUCCGGCGCUAGCAAAACCGGCUCCAGUUCCACAGGUAGAAACACGGAAGACUCGCUCGGAAAAGCCACUAAAGUCGGUAGAGAAGCGCAAACCUUCCGCCAAGCCAUUCGACCUCGUAUUGGCGAUAAUCUGCCAAGAGGUCGGGAUUUCUGUGACGGAGUUGAAGCCUGAAAGCGAAUUCGCCGACUUUGGUCUCGACUCGCUUCUUUCGCUCACGAUCUUGGCUAGAAUUCGCGAGGAGCUGCAGAUGGAUUUCCACCCCGCAGUCUUUGUCGAUCAUCCGACACUUGCGAGUUUCCAGGUCUUGGUUGGCUGCGAGUCCUCUGACUCUGGCGACGAAGCAACGACGCCAGCAUCACGCUCCCGAUCGCGAAGCACAAGCAGCAGCGAAGCCACGCAAAUCACCAUACCAACUCCGCGAGACGAGUCCGGGAGCGCCAAGUCGACCAUUAUGACACUCAGACAGACGAUAGCCGAGGAAACGGGGGUGGCAGUUGCUGACUUGACCCCAUCGACCUGUCUCAGCGACAUUGGCGUAGAUUCACUUCUGUCGCUCACAAUGAUGGCCAGGCUUGACGAGAGCCUUGGUGAUACCGUUCCUCGCAACCUUUUCGUCGAAUACGGGACUCUGCAAGAGGUUGAGGACGCGCUUCUUGGUUCCAUGGGACUGGAGCAAAGCAGCGCCCUUCCCCCCCAGUCUCCGAUGCUGGAGCAUAAGACUCUCGAAUCUCUGAGCAACAACCACGGCGACCAGCUGACCAGAGAUAUUAUUUCAUUACCGCCUCAUGCUUCAUCUGUGCUUUUGUCGGGCUCUCCACAGGCUGCAACGGCGUUCUUGUUCCUCCUCCCAGACGGUUCAGGAUCUGCCUCAUCGUACGCCGCAUUGGGCUUCAGCAUUGGCCGAGAUAUUGCGGUCUACGGCUUGAACUGUCCUUGGCUCAAGACAGGAGAGGAAAUGACGCGUCUCGGAGUGGAUAUUAGCGGCCUCGCUGCCAAUUACAUUGUUGAGAUUAAACGAGUUCUUGUCCUGCACAAGGAGAAGUUUGGCUCCCGGUCGAUGCCUUUUGCUCUUGGAGGCUGGUCGGCAGGCGGCAUCAUCGCCGUCGAGGCAGCCCGUCAAUUGCGCCGCGAAGGCCAAAACGUGGACAAACUCGUCCUGUUCGACUCGCCGAACCCAAUCGGACUUCAGAACCCCCCGCAGAGAAUGUACGACUUUUUCGACUCAAUCGGCAUCUUCGGCGGAGGCCGCAAUAAGAUGCCCGACUGGCUCCGUGCACACUUCAGCGCUUUCAUACACAUCCUCGAUAACUACGAAGCGACGCCGCUUCCUGAUGCCCCACCCACACUGAUUAUCUAUGCUCGAGACGGCGUGUGCAAAGACCCCAACGGGCCGAAGCCCGAGAUGCACCCAAACGAUCCGCGUGAGAUGCUCUGGCUGCUGAACAAUCGAACCGACUUUACAGCGGAUGGCUGGUCGAGCCUGCUGGGACGCGACAGGUUGACCAUCAAAGUGUUGGACGACGUCAACCACUUCAGUCUCAUGGACCCCGGCCCGGUGAUGAAGACAUUUGGUACUAUGGUGCGGGAUUACCUUUCCUAGGGUUGCAGACAACGAUGUGCGGCGGAGAGCUGGGCUCGACGCCUAGCGGUAAUUUGGAAAUGGACUGGAGGUUGUUUCUUUGUCAGAGAGGACUUUUUCCUUGUUCAUAUUACCUGUAGACUUAAUUGGUGGUCAUAAUCAUGCAGGAGGCAGAUGUAAACUACAACCGACGGCGCAUUUUGGUAUUUAAUUAGCUACCCUAUCUAUGUACCUCUGG